AUGAACAUUAAACCUGGAGAAAUGAGGAGCGGCGGUAGAUCAGUUUGGAACGCAUCUUCAGGGGAUGCUGAAACAACAGCAGCAUUUGGUUUUCUCUACAAGCCUUUCAUCCUUUCCCCCCAAGCCCAGGAAGUUGUCACGGGUGAGCCUAGUACAGACAUUCUACAAACAGCUAUAGACAUGAAACAGCCAACUUCAAGCACCAAGAUGAAAAGUAUAUCCAACAGCAAAAAAAGUGACAAGAUGCUGGAGACACUGAACGGAGCUUUAGCCUCUGAACAAAGUUUGAAGAAGACCAAAAAAUCACAAUAUCCAACAAUAUUAGUGUUUUACUACAGGAAGGAAAAGAAAACGAAUACAAAUCAAAUGGAGAAUGACCUGUCCCAAGACAAAUCCAUCGAUCCAAUCCAGGACGAGGAGGAAAAAGACCUAGACCCAUGGGAAGGAUCUUCACAGAAGGACGAAGACCUGGAUUCAUGGGAAGGAUAUUCACAAGAGGAUGAAGACCUAGAUGACUCAGCUGAUGGAUGUUCACAGGAGGCAGAAGACCUAGGCUCAUUUGAAGGAUCUUCACAGAAGGACGAAGACCUCAACUCAUGUGAAGGAUAUUCACAAAAGGACGAAGACCUCGACCCAUGGGAAGGAUCUUCACAGAAGGACGAAGAUCUCGACUCAUGUGAAGGAUCUUCACAGAAGGAUGAAGACCUCGACUCAUGUGAAGAAUCUUCACAGAGGGACGAAGACCUCGACCCAUGGGAAGGAUCUUCACAGAAGGACGAAGACGUCGACCCAUGGGAAGGAUCUUCACAGAAGGAUGAAGACCUCGACUCAUGGGAAGGAUCUUCACAGAAGGAUGAAGACCUCGACCCAUGGGAAGGAUCUUCACAGAAGGACGAAGACAUCGACUCAUGUGAAGGAUAUUCACAGAAGGAUGAAGACCUCGACUCAUGGGAAGGAUCUUCACAGAAGGACGAAGACCUCGACCCAUGGGAAGGAUAUUCACAGAAGGACGAAGACCUCAACUCAUGGGAAGGAUCUUCACAGAAGGACGAAGAUCUCGACUCAUGUGAAGGAUCUUCACAGAAGGACGAAGACCUUGACUCAUGUGAAGGAUCUUCACAGAAGGAUGAAGACCUCGACUCAUGGGAAGGAUGUUCACGGAAGUACAAAGACCUCAACUAA